GGAUCUUAUUUUUAAAUAUAUUUCAACUGGUCGUGGUUGAUAAUCUGUAUUGCACCAUAAAUGUAAUAUCUCUGACAGUCCUAAAAACAAGAGAACGUCUGCAAUUUGUUUCAUAGUUACGAAUAAGCCUACUUUACGUCUGAAUAUCGUCUAUAGCAUGUGCAGACAUGUUUCAAUUGCUCAGGAGGUUAUUCGAACCAUAAAAUUAUUCUAUUCAUUGCAGUUCGCACUAAUCGUAUAUGGUUUUCGUUCCAUUUCGAACGCCUUAGAGACAUGCGUCCAAAACUCAUAUCGAUGGAAUAAUUGUCCUUCCUAAGUCUUUACGGUACAUAGAUAAACAUUCUCGUAUCGUAGUCACUGACAAACUGCAUGUAAUUCCCGCAAAAGAAGAUAUCUGAGCAAAGAAGAUUAUAUUCAGAGGUGCGAAAUAACGUCAUUUCGUAUUAAAAACGAUAAACAACAAAUCACACAUUUCGCGGUUGUAGAGUAUAACUGAAUGGAUGUCGAAUAAUUUUUCACCUUGGUAUCCAUCCAGCGCUUUGCAGCUGUAGUUUUAUUAAACUCAGCAUCCUAUCGUUUCGAGUCCGUAUCGUCGUUGGGUCACGUUUGAAAAGGUUAUUCAAUUCUCGGAUUCUGGGGUAAUCUACCACACUAUAUAUAUAUCGUAUCAUCGACGAUUCGUAAAUGAACCUGCCGGUCGGAUCGCAAAGAGUCGCUCGCGUAUACGGUACGGGGUCGGGUGGAAAGUUGAAACGGAAAUAUAGUUACCCGGAACUGAUCAAUUCGUUCGUCAUAUCUACUGUUCCGGCUGAAGGAUUUUAGGAGAGCAAUAAAACGAAAAUUUGAAUAUACGUGAUAAAAAAAUAAGGCUAGAAGUGGUCCCAUCAGAAUUCGUAGGGUAGCCAAAUGUGAACGGUGCCGGAAUAAUACCAGAUCGCACACGCCAUGGAAAAGACUGAAAAGCAGCGAGCAGUACCAAACCCAUUGGAACGAGCGAACCCCAUUUCAGCAGUGACAUUCUCAUGGUUGCUGAAGACGUUUGCGCUAGGAUAUCAGCGAGAUCUAGAAGUAACCGAUCUUUAUGCACCUCUUCACGAACACGCGAGCAGCGUUCUUGGUGAUCGUAUCGCAAGGAUAUGGGAACGCGAACAAUUGAAAUGUUCUCCUUCGAAGAAAAACAAAAAAGGAACCCAACCUAGUCUACUUAGAGUAAUUGUUCAAUGUUUUGGAUUUAAUAUUAUGAUGCUCGGUCUCGUAUUAGCUGCCUUGGAAUUUCUCGUCAGAGUGAUUCAACCGCUGCUCUUAGCCGGAUUACUUCGAUACUACAGCGGUCAGACGAACAUGGAAAAAAGGGAAGCAUAUUUGUGGGCGGCAGGUGUAAUUCUUUGCUCUACGCUUAAUUUCCUAGUCAUUCAUCCCUGCACGCUGGGCGUCAUGCACACAGGGAUGAAAAUAAGAGUCGCUUGUUGCUCUCUCAUAUACAGAAAAGUGUUAAAACUUUCGAAAACUGCUUUAGGAGAAACGACAGUUGGACAGGUCGUCAAUCUCCUUAGUAAUGAUGUGAAUCGAUUCGAUCUGAUGAUUUAUGCUUCACACUACAUCUGGUUGGGACCUUUGCAGUCCAUAGUGAUAACAUACCUCAUUUAUAGGGAAAUUGGAUGGUCCGCCGUUAUCGGCAUGUUUACCUUGAUAAUGUUUAUCCCCAUACAAGGCUACAUCGGAAAGAUGUCUUCGAUAUUCAGAUUAAACACCGCUCUCCGAACCGACGAACGAAUUAGACUGAUGAAUGAAAUAAUCAACGGCAUUCAGGUGAUCAAGAUGUACACGUGGGAAAAACCUUUCUCAUAUCUCGUCGCUAAUGCUCGGCGGACAGAAAUAAGCGCGAUAAAAAAAAGCGCGAUUGUUCAAGGCAUCAUCUCGUCGUUUGAUCAGUACAUACCGAGGCUCUGCGUCUUCAUCACAAUAUUAUGUUCCGUUCUACAGGGUAAUCAUAUAACGGCUGAACAAGUCUUUAUGAUGACAGCCUUUUACAACGUACUGCGCAACGCGAUGACUAUUGCAUUCCCAUCGAGUAUAGUUCAAGUAGCCGAAGCUUUGAUAUCCGUGAAGCGUUUGCAAAAGUUCUUGAUGCUCGACGAGACGGAAAAAUCACCUUGCACCCUCGGUCAAUUCAACUUCAAACAAACGGGAUAUGCUCCACCCGCUAUUCAAUUAAAAAAUGUCACCGCAAGGUGGGGAUCAGACAACAAAGAAAACACACUGUCUAAUUUGAACAUCAACAUAAAACCUGGACAACUUGUAGCUAUCAUCGGUCAGGUUGGUGUCGGAAAAAGCAGCCUUCACCACGUCAUACUACGCGAACUUCCUUUGAAAAGCGGAAGCAUCGAAGUGAAUGGUAGAAUCGCUUACGCCAGCCAAGAACCUUGGCUUUUCUCAUCGUCGAUCAGACAAAAUAUCCUCUUCGGUCGUCCGAUGGACGAAGCUCGCUACGAGAGAGUCCUCAGUACUUGUCAAUUGAAAAGAGACGUGACCUUGUUCCCUCACGGCGACAAAACUAUAGUGGGCGAAAGAGGGGCCAGUUUGAGCGGAGGGCAGCGUGCGAGAAUAAAUUUGGCAAGGGCUGUCUACGCGGACGCUGACAUCUAUCUUUUGGACGAUCCAUUUUCGGCAGUAGAUACGCACGUUGGAAAAAGCUUGUUCGCCGAUUGCGUCGAAGGAUAUCUUCGCGGAAAAACUCGGAUCAUUACGACGCAUCAACACCAGUAUCUGAAGCACGUGGACCGUAUAAUUUUAUUGAAUAAUGGGACGAUCGAAGCCGAAGGUACAUUCGCUGAACUUCAAGCUGCCGGAUUGGACUUUAUAAAGAAACUUGGAAACAUCAAUGAACCGGAGGAUAAUAACAGUUUGAGAAGAACCUCGAGCCAAAAAACUUCGACUCAGAGUGUCACUUACGAAGCAGCAGAUCCCGUUGAGGUAGGGGAGAUGAAAAGUAGUGGUCAAGUCGCCGGUCGAGUCUACAUGUCUUACUUCAAGGCGACUGGAAAUAUGUGCUACGUUGCUGGUAUGUUCAUCGUCUGUAUCCUCAACCAAGUCGUCGCCAGCAGCGGUGAUUACUUUGUCACUUAUUGGGUGAAUACCGAAGAAUCAUCGAAGGCUACGAUGCUUAACGGAACGAUGUCAUCGCACUGGACAUCGCCAUUGUCGAGAGAAAUGUGCGUUUAUAUCUACAGUACAAUUGUUACGGCUACAGUAGUAUUUACUCUCCUAAGGACUUUCAUGUUCAUGAGUGUUUGUAUGAGAGCGUCGAGGAGGUUGCACGAGAAUAUGUUCAACAGUAUAACCCGAGCAACGAUGCGAUUUUUUAACACAAACUCUUCUGGGCGUAUUUUGAACAGGUUCUCCAAAGAUAUGGGAGCCAUUGACGAAAUGCUACCCUUGAGUAUGGUGCAUGUGGUUCAGGUCAGCCUGGCGCUUCUUGCCACGAUUGUCAUUGUUUCGGUUGUCAAUCCCUUACUGAUAAUACCAACCGCCUUUAUUCUCUUUUUGAUGUAUCUAUUGAGGAAUUUCUACAUCAGUACUAGUCGCAGUGUGAAACGUUUGGAAGGGAUAACUCGUUCUCCGGUAUUUGGUCACCUCGGUGCAACUUUACACGGAUUAACGACCAUAAGGGCUUUCAAAGCUGAAAAUAUAUUGGCGAAAGAAUUUGACAACCAUCAAGACGUGCAUUCCUCGGCGUGGUUUAUCCUUAUCGCGAGUUCGCGUGCUUUCGGAUUUUAUUUGGAUUUCACGUGUGUACUUUACACCGGUUUGGUUACCCUGAGUUUUCUAGUUCUCGAUCAUCAGACGUUCGCGGGAAAUGUCGGGCUGGCGAUCACACAGUGUAUCGGACUUGCCGGCGUUUUACAAUGGGGUGUACGACAGACAACGGAAAUGGAGAACCAGAUGACUUCGGUCGAGAGGGUCAUUGAGUACGGUAAAGUCGAACAUGAGCCACCGCUCGAAAGUAGGCCGGAAAAUAAACCGCCCAAAGAAUGGCCGGCCCAGGGAAAAAUAGAGUUCAGAAAUGUUUCGUUGAGAUAUGGCAAAUCGGACCCUCCAGUUUUGAGGAAUCUCAACUUCGUAAUAAGUCCGCGUGAGAAAAUCGGAGUUAUCGGGCGAACUGGAGCAGGAAAGUCGUCCCUGAUCUCUGCUCUUUUCCGCCUGGCUUACAUCGAGGGAGAAAUAUACAUCGAUGACAUACCGACGAGUACCUUGGGCAUACACGAUCUACGAUCUAAAAUCAGUAUCAUCCCUCAGGAGCCUGUUCUUUUCUCGGGACGUUUGAGGGAAAAUCUUGAUCCUUUUGACGAAUAUCCCGAUGCGGUUUUAUGGCAAGCAUUGGCGGAAGUAGAACUGAAGGAAGUAGUUCAAGAACUGACCGGGGGACUUGAUUCCAAGGUUUCCGAGGGCGGUACAAAUUUCAGCGUUGGGCAACGUCAACUACUAUGCCUGGCUCGCGCGCUUGUUAGAAAUAAUCAAAUAUUAGUUCUUGACGAAGCGACUGCCAAUGUCGAUCCUCAGACAGAUUUAUUAAUUCAAAAAACUAUCAGGAAGAAAUUCGCCGAUUGUACCGUUCUAACGAUUGCUCAUCGGCUGAACACGGUAGUCGAUAGUAAUAGACUGAUGGUCAUGGAUGCUGCGAGGAUAGUGGAAUUCAAUCAUCCUUACGUCCUUCUUCAAAAUAGCCAAGGAUUUAUGUACAAUAUGGUUAGACAGAUGGGACAUUGCAUGGCACAAAAUAUUACGAGAGUGGCGGAGAAGAAUUAUCUUCAGCAGAUUUUGCUAUGAUGCGAUCGAUCGUAAAGAAUGAAAAUCUUUAAACUCACCUGCGAGUCUGACUCGAGUAAGUAAGUACGAACAUCGGGAGCCGUUCGACGUCAGAAUUUCUAAAUUCGUUACCCUUCGCAUCAUCGCAAGAGCCUCGACCUCGGCUGAUAUGCUGCAUUCUUCACAUUAUCACCCUCGAAAAGUAAUUACAACACAAUGUUAUCAUCGUAACGUUUUCGUGAAUAUCACAUACUUUUUUUUAUCCAUUGAUAAUAAUAUUUUAAUUUUCUUACGAUGAUCGUCGAAUGGUAUGCCCUCACUUACGAUUACAUUAGUAACUCACCGACUCUUGACAGCUCUCCAUAGAUUGAUGCACACGGGCGUAUUUACUGUGAUGACAUUUGUUUUCGAUUAUCACCAUUUCAUUAUUAGUUAAUUUAAGCAUCGCUGUAUAAUUGAUCCCGUUCAAGACCGGUCAAAUGAUAUACCGAUUUUCGUUAUUUUUUUUAUUUUUUUUUUGUUAAAUAUUUUUCGUUUGCAAAAGUCGAUAUUAUGAAAUAUGUUAGAUAUAAUUAAUCUCGAUGCUCACGAAAUAUGUAACUGAAGUCUUUGAACUGAUUUCACGGUAGUUGUGUGAGUGGUAAAUGAGUUCCAAAUGAUAACGAUGUGUACAGAUCUGACUGCGAUCUCAGAAAAACAUGAGAUUGAGGUAAGUUUGUGAGGGAGAAAAUCUAAUUUUUCAUUCUAGGUUUGCCUUAGAUUUUUCACCCAACAAAUUUCAAGAUCAAUAAGCUAUUAACAUUUCAUAAAAAGAAGCUGAUGAAACUUUUUCUAAGAUUACACGAUUUUAUUUCUUCGGCAGUUGUUUUGUGAAGUUUCUUUUUCCAUCCAUUCACGGUGUUAUUUUAUUUUAUUUUUUUUUUCAUUCGUUAUAGUUUUCCCAAUGAAACUCGUUGAUGAUAUCGACAAUGAUUUGUCCGAUAAAAAAGAAACGAGGAUCACUUUUUUCACCUAACGUCCCUCCCUCGAUAACUGUAAGUCCCUUAUUGUGUUCGAUAAAUAAUCAUUUGAAGUGAAAGAUGAUUCACGUAAUGAACAUCUAUUUACACAUUUACAUUGUCAAUAGUGCCAAGUUCUUACAUGCAUAUAUGAUGUUAUUAUAUUAUACUAAUCGCAUUGGAAGAUUGAGAGGAAAUGAUUUGAUUUGACAGUAUACCACACAUAUAUUGUAUAUAUUACAUCAAAAUGUAUAUGUACAUCGAUGAUUUGAAUAAACGUUUUUUUUUUUUUAUUAAAAUAAGUA